ACAUUCCGGAAUCCGGACCGUAAAGAGAAAGAAUUCCCAUUCGUCGUCAGAUACCAUUCUCGAUCUUAUGCGGUUCAAUUAGGCUCGUCUCGUCCCCGUUUUCUUGGAAAGUUGGACGAUGCUCGUAACGCAGUUGGAUGGAAACGCUCAUCGUGUCAAGUCCAGUCUUCUCGACGUGUUUUGCCACGUGUCAUUAUUCUGCAGAUAACUGGUUAAUGAUGAUCAGAGGAAUAUCUAGGAAUCUCAGUGGUAUUAUGCACAAAAUGAUGACAUUUGAGAAAGAUUAUGGAACAAUGCGAGUAACACAAUUGCAGAAAGCUGCUUUACAGGAACGCUGCAUACUCGUUGAUGAACUAGAUAAGCCUGUUGGUGAAGCUACCAAGCAAGUCUGUCAUGAGAUUAAUACAGAUGGAUGUUCACCCCUACAUAGGGCAUUCAGUGUCUUUCUGUUUAAUAGUAAAAAGGAAUUGUUACUCCAGAAACGAUCGAGCGGCAAGAUAACAUUUCCAAAUUGCUAUACGAAUACGUGCUGCAGUCAUCCCUUAGCGGAGAUUCCUAAUGAAAUAGAAGAAGGAGACGCUAUAGGUGUACGUCGAGCCGCGAUAAGAAGACUCUGUUAUGAGCUGGGUAUACCUCGGGAUGAGAUCAAACCUUCUGACCUAUUUUACUUGACAAGAAUUCGCUAUAAAAAACCCAGUAGCAGUCGCUGGGGUGAACACGAGAUUGAUUACUUAUUGUUCCUGCAACGGGACGAUCUCACCUUAAAUCCCAAUCCCGAUGAAGUGAGCGAGCUUCAAUGGAUGUCGCGAUCGGAGAUUGAGAAUUUUAUGAAGACCACACCACUGUUGACACCGUGGUUCCGUAUGAUUUACAAUUUUAAAUUGCUGCAUUGGUGGGAUAAUCUAGAUACCUUAGAUAAAAUGCAAGAUCACCAGAAUAUAGUUUUGUUGACGGAUUAAUUUGUAUACAUGCAUAGAUCUGAUGUCUGUUCUUUUUUUAGUUGAAUUUUUCGUGUACCAUUUAUUUUUUUUCUCCAUAAAGAGAAAAAGAGAAAAGUUGAAUGCGAGAAGUUUAGCUAAAACGAAUAGGCUCCUUGUCACCAAAGUCAAACUCGUCUAAUACAUAUUACAUAGGUCGUCGGAAUAACAAUUCUUAUAUUCUAUUACUGAGGAAAUGGAUUUAAAUUUAUGGAUUUAAGUUUAUGGGAUAUGUUUGUAUCUGUGUUUUCUUCAUUUAAAUAUUUUGUGUAUAUACGUGAAUUGUGCAAUUUAUGUAUUUGUAGAAAUGUUUUCUAAAUAUAACUGAUGGAUUUUGACUAGCCGUUUUUAAAUUUUUAUAAAAGGAU